UCUCGACGCUCACCGGGAGUUCCUCGACGGUAGCCCGCUGAAUGUCGGGAAAUUGUUGAUUAUCUGCUGACAUUCCGUAUAGUCAGUAAUGAAUUAUGCUUUCCGCGAUAAGGGGCGAAUUCGUUGACGUGCUGUUAUCGCUGUGUCGUGUUGUUGCUGAAAGAGGUCUUUAGAAACAAGUUUUGCGCAGUCGGAUUUUUUAAAGUUCAUAGGUGCAUCCUUAAUCCUGAAUUAACGUAAAGGAGAGAGAGGAAAGUGAGACAAACAAUUUCGGGAGUUGAGGGAUUUAUUUUAUAACACGGAACUGUCAGCGGUUGACGGAAUUGUGAGGGCAUUCAGUUCGAUUUGGGGGGAAUGGCAGACGUUGUUGGGAAUUUUUGGCGGAAAUUUUAAUUAACAACUUCAUGGAAAUUGAAAAAAAUUUAGCCAUUGAAAAUUCACAAUUUUAGGAAAAAUCUAUGAAAAGUGAAAAUUUUAGUUCAAUUGUGCAAUGAAAUAUAGAACAAGCGGGAACAUUGAGGUACAUGUAUUCUAGAAUUUUUAAUUAAUUAAAAUCGGCUGCUUGAGAGAUUUAAUUGAAUUUCCCUUCCCUUGAAUUUCAACAAAAUUUGAAAUUUCAUUAUUCGCUCCCGUAAGGGGGGUACAAUGUCCCUCUGCUGAAAAUUACUAGUGGACUGUCUAUGAAGGGAAACUGCAAAUUUUAGACCCAUUAUUCAAUUCAAGUCAAUAAAAAUCGGGAAAAUUGAGGUACAUUCAUCCUAGAAUUUUUAAUUUACUAAAAAUUUGAGUAAAUUUGGGAAUACUUAUCUUCCUGCUGCUAAAAAUGUGGAAUUUCAUUGAAUAUUUAGUGAAAUCUGAAAUUUCAGCGAAAUAAUUGGAAAUCCAGCGCAAUUUAAAAUCCAAAUAAAUUGUGAAAAUUUCGUUUUUCUGCUGCUCAAAAAUUUAUAAUUAACUUAAUUUCUAAAUUUAAUUUUCUAAAUGGCAUACAAUGUCCUCAUCCGGAGAAUCCCGACUAAAUGUUCUCCGUAAUUCCAAUUUUUUUCAUCAAGUGUACAAAAUUUCAAGUUUCCGUUGAAAAUCCAAAUUUUCGUUAUAAAUUUGAGUUAAAUUCUCGUUCUCAUCGAUUCUCCCAUCAAACAGUGAUUUCUCAAUGGCGCAAUUUUCUGAAAUUCCGAUGAAAAAAUAACUCAUUCAAAAUUUAUGAAUAACAAAUGCGCUCGAAAUUCAGCGCAGAAAUUGACCUCGUGGCCGACCUUGACAUUAAGAAAAAAAAACGAACACGCGAAAUUCAGUGGAUAAUUGUCCGGAAGGAAGAGACCGCGAACCUCCCCGUAAUGUUUUAUAAUCUCGUUCUGCCCGAACGACCCAUAAAAUGCGCAUAAAACAUCGUAAAUCAUCGAGUUAGUAUCAUUCUACUGGGCCCCAUCGACGCCGCAGGGAUCCCUCUGACAGAGCUAUUUUCAUUCCGAAGAAAAGGAGAGAAUUUUAUAAAUAACGAAGGACGAUGCGAGAAGUCCUGUUGAGCACGGUGGGGCUGAUGACUAAGGGAUAGAGUGGCUUAUCUGUUUACACUGGACGUUGGCCGCUAGUGUCUGGAGACCUGCUGAUGCGGUGACAGUUUUUGGUUUUCACCGGGGAAAACACAUUUUUCUUAAUUCGAAAAUAUUCCAAAAUAAUUCAAAAAAUCGUCUCCAGCUCCUUUUGAGAACUCAUCGGGGGAUUAUUAUGGAGAAGAAAAGUGUUUGCAUGAUGUUGUUAUUUGUACUCAUGCCCAACGGAGUGUUAUCCUUCUCGUUCCUGCGCGAAUUAAUUUUUCCCAGAACACCGAUGUUGAAUAGAGUUCGGGCCCACAAUGAGGCGCGGUCUUCCGACCGAGACUAUGCAGUACUAGACUUUAUGGGACUCGUUGCGAAGCAUGGAUACACCGCGGAGGAGCAUAAAGUCGUCACGAGGGAUGGGUACAACCUGAGGGUCCACCGGAUCCCAGGCACCCCGACGUCGCCCCCAAGAGCGGGCAAACCUGCCGUUUUCCUCCAACACGGGGUGUUCGGCUCGUCCGACCACUGGGUCCUCAUGGGGCCGGAAAAAGAUCUCGCAUUCAUGCUGGCUGAUGGAGGCUAUGACGUGUGGAUGGGCAAUGUCAGGGGCAACACCUACAGCAGGGCUCAUGAGGAACUGUCUCCCUCGGACGAACAAUUUUGGCAGUUCAGUUACCAUGAAAUGUCGGUUUACGAUCUGCCAGCUAUGAUAGAUUACACACUGAAGGUGUCCGGUGAGAAGGCGGUCCAUUAUGUGGGACAUUCCAUGGGUACAACCAUGACCUACGUACUUCUAUCUACGAUGCCAGAGUACAAUGAGAAAAUUAAAUUGGCGGUGAGUUUGGCACCUGUUGCCUUGUGGAAGGUUCAGCCCACGAUACCGAUGGUUGUACUGAUGGAGCAGAACUUUAAUUUUCUUAAGGGAUUACUAGAUAUGAAUAACAUCGCUGAAAUAUUUCCGCAAACGACGAAUAAUGCGAGAUUGGCCAGGGGAUUAUGCAGUGAUGGCACUGUUACUCAAUCGGUUUGCCUGACGCUAAUGUCUGUGCUUUCGGGACAUGAUCCACAUCAACUUAAUUCUACGCUCCUGCCGUACUAUUUAUCAUAUUUCCCAGCCGGAGCAUCGACCCAAACGUUAUACCACUAUGCUCAAAAUAUAAGAACAGGUGCUUUCCAGCAAUACGAUCACGGUUACAUCGAGAAUUUCAAGCUUUACGGAAAGAAACGGCCCCCAUCCUACGACGUGAAGAAAAUAACAGCCCCAUUUGCAUUGAUCUACGGUGCAAAUGACCCGUUGACCAGAGAAGAGAAUACCAAUGAGCUUGCGAGGAGACUGCAAAAUGUUGUGACAGUGGAGAAGGUGCCUUACAAGUACUUCAAUCAUAUUGACUUUAUAUGGGCACUAGAUGCUAGAGAGCUUUUGUACAAUAGGAUAAUGGAGUUACUUGAAAUGUAUUGAAGCGACGAACGACUGAUAUUUUCAUUUCCAAGUGUAAAUAAAUUGUGCACGUGA